GUGUGUCAAAACAACUUCACAUUUUGGUCGGCACAAUUUUUGUUGAUUAAAUACCUAUUUUAACCUUUUAUUUAAUUAAUUUACAUUUCUUAUUCAUAAUGAAGAGAUUAAGUGACGAACGUGCCAAGAUACUUUUUGAAAAGUUGUCGAAAUACAUUGGCACCAAUGUAAAGCAACUGAUUGACCGUCCGGAUGGUACGUAUUGCUUCCGAGAGCACAGAGAUCGCGUUUAUUAUGUAUCUGAACGUAUAUUAAAACUGUCUGAGUGCUUUGGUCCCGAAAAACUUGUCUGUGUUGGCACAUGCUUUGGAAAGUUUUCUAAAACAAAUAAACUGAAGUUUCAUAUAACGGCGUUGUACUAUUUGGCACCUUACGCUCAAUAUAAAGUGUGGGUGAAACCCUCAUUUGAGCAACAGUAUCUAUAUGGCAAUCACAUACCAAAAUCUGGUCUAGGACGUAUAACGGAGAAUGCCGGUCAAUACCAAGGUGUUGUGGUAUAUUCUAUGAAUGAUUUGCCUUUAGGCUUCGGUGUGUUGGCACGUUCCACAACGGAAUGUAAGACUGCAGAUCCAAUGACCACCGUUUGCUUCCAUCAGUCAGACAUUGGCGAGUACAUAAGAUCGGAGGAUACGCUAUUUUAGUUUUAAAUGUGUAUAUAUGUGUGUAAUUUAGAAGAAUUAAAAACCAAAAAAGUAAAAA